AGCUACAGAGGGCCUAGCAUUUAUAUCCGACAGAAAUUGCUAGCAAAAGCAUACAUAAAUUACUGAAAAUGGCGACCUUACAGGGGUUUAGAUUUGCUCGGAACUUGUUAGGACUGAACUGUAGAUGGUUAUCCACCUCGAUGAGAUACAGACAAGGAGACGGUGAAGCCCGGAGUAGCAGUGACUCAUCAUCUUCAUCAGAGAGUGAUCAGUCAGCUCAUGAAGAGGAACCCAGUGUAGAGGACAUCCAGAAGAUUGUACUCAACACUGCUCUAGAGUUUGUACCCAUCCAUGGCUGGACAGUCCAGUCCCUCUCUGAGGCUGCCAAGCAUGAAGGCUACCCUGGAGUAGCCCAUGGGAUGUUCCCUAGAGGUGGGGGUGAUCUCAUGCAUCAUUUUGUGAAGGAGUGUAACUCACAGUUAGCAGAGCAACUGGCUUUGGAAGCCAGUAAAGAAGUGGAGGAAGCAGAGAGGAAGAAGACAGGUGCUGUAAUCCGUGAUGCCUUACAGACUCGUCUAAGAAUGAUCAUCCCGUAUCAUGCACAGUGGCCUGAAGCUAUGUGUCUUACAGCUCGACCUGAGAAUAUAGCAGAACACUUCAGUAAUCUAGCAAACCUCAUGGAUACUAUCUGGUAUCAUGCCGGAGAUAAAUCAGCAGAUUUCAACUGGUACACCAAGCGACUAUCCCUAGCAGCGGUGUAUAAGAGUACAGAACUGUGCUUUAUUCAGGAUAAGUCACCAGAUUUUGAAGAAACCUGGACAUUUUUAGACAACAGGCUGACAGACUUUACUAGAUUCGCAAAGUUCAGAGGAGAGAUGGAGACUGCGAGUAGUGCAAUGAAUGAAUUCAUGUCAGCAGCAAUCACUUCUGCAAGGAAUAUUUCAGGCCUAAAUUCAAGAAACUGAAGGAAACAU